CCGUAGUCCAGGAAGGUUCUGAUUGGCUGGGGCGAGAAAGCGCCGCUCGCUACCGUUUCGGUUUUCUCCGCGUUUGUCCGCGGAGGCCCGGCCCGUGCGGCUCCUGCAGCGAGUGCUCCGGAAAUCCGUCGCGAGAUGAGGAGCCUGGGGCCAUGAGAGGUGAAAUGAUGGGUUUCCUAAACUGCACAGCUAAUUAAGUAGCAGAGCUGGGAUUAGAACUCAGCUUUCCUGCCUCCCAAGACUGUUAAGAUGAGUCUGCGGAAGCAAACCCCUAGUGACUUCUUAAAGCAAAUCAUCGGACGACCAGUUGUGGUAAAAUUAAAUUCUGGUGUGGAUUAUCGAGGGGUCCUGGCCUGCUUGGAUGGCUACAUGAACAUAGCCCUGGAGCAGACAGAAGAGUAUGUGAAUGGCCAGCUGAAGAACAAGUAUGGGGACGCCUUCAUUCGAGGAAACAACGUGCUGUACAUAAGUACUCAGAAGAGACGGAUGUGAAGACACCACAGAUGCGGUUCUUUUCGUAGCUGGAUGUCUCCUUUAUGCUUUUCUGCUUUUUGGUUCUCCUGUGAUAUAAGUCGGCCUGUUUUCAUGGUGGCUGGUGAUUGCUUUUUUCAUUGACAUGUGAAUAAGAUAAAGAUGUUAAAAUAUGGAUUGAAUUGUAAAGACUUUUCACAUUUAUGUUUCGUUUUCUUUUAUUUCUGUCUGUACAGAAUGCUAAAAGAGUAAAAAAGAAUCUAUUCCUGACUUCAAGAUUAA